AAGUCUCAUGGGAGAUCUAGCUGCUUGUAAAUAAUGGCGGCGGCCAGAGGCCAGUGUGAAGCGUGAUCGGUGAAUGAACCAAGCUAACAUGUACACACAUCAGCCUUACACUGACACACAGACACGCCAUGGAGCUCUACCAGGCCAGGGAUAACUUCAUUAUCAAAGAUGCUUACUUCAGCCUUUGGUGCAAUCGAUCCGACGGAGGUCUCGUACCUCGACAAGGUGUUCAUCCUAACGAAGCUUUCGAUCCAGUCUGCAAAGGCAUCGUUUAUGGUGUGAUAGGGAAAAUACAAUUCUUCCCCGGCGGUGAUUGGAAAUUAUUGGUUAUUACCAAAAGGACAUUGCUGGGGCUGUUUCCUGGUAAUCAUGAAGUAUACCGUGUCGACAGAGUGGCAUACUUACCCCUUUCACCCGGAGAUGUACCUGAGCUGGAACUGGAUCCAUGUGAGAAACAUCAAAGUGGAGGGCGUGGCAUUAAGAGAGACACAGAGGGUCAGCAAAAAAGCUUCCAACAAACAUGGAAAUCAAUCAAAACUGCUGCAACGAAUAUUAAAGAAAAUGUUAAAAGCACAAGUACAACUAAAGAACCAAAAGACAGAGAGAGGGACAAGCUUGAACGUAGACUUGUUGAGGAACUGUUAAAGAUGUUUAAUGAUUCAGACUCAUUCUAUUACUCUCCUACUGGUGAUAUCACAAACACCCUUCAGCGGCAGUGUGGUGACCAUUAUGACCACUCCUUGCCUCUUUGGAAACGCGUCGAUAAAAGAUUUUUCUGGAACAGCCACAUGCUUCAUGAUCUUAUUAAUAAUGAGGACCCUCUGGCCUCUAGCUGGAUCUUGCCUGUUAUCCAGGGUUAUUGCUCCAUCGUUCAUUGUCAUAACAUGUUUGAGGAGGAUGACAUGGAGGAGCAGAGUGAUAUUCAGAUUGGGGCGUUACCACCUGAGGAAUUUGACCUUCUACUUAUCUCCAGAAGAAGUAUUUUCAGGGCUGGUACCCGGUAUAAGCGGAGGGGUGUUGACGAUGAUGGUGAGGUUGCAAACUAUGUUGAGACAGAACAGAUUGUUCGAACAGAGAUUCAUUCUGUGUCCUUUGUGCAAGUACGCGGGUCUGUUCCUGUGUUUUGGAGUCAGCCUGGUUACAAAUACCGACCCCCUCCUCGUUUAGACAAAGAUGAAAUGGAUACUCAGGCAGCGUUCAGACACCACUUUUCACAUCAGCUAAGCCUCUAUGGAGGAGUGGUUGUUGUUAAUCUUGUUGAUCAGACAGGCAGAGAAAAAAUUAUUAGUGAUGUUUUUAUGCGUCACAUUCUUGCGUACAACUGCCCUCUUUUAACUUACAUUACGUUUGACUUUCACGAAUACUGCCGUGGGAUGAAGUUUGAAAAUGUGUCAGUGUUGGUCGACAGCAUCGGUGAUGUAAUCAAGGACAUGAGAUAUUGUUGGACGGACCCGAAAGGCAUCAUUUGUGAACAGCGAAGCGUGUUCAGGGUCAACUGCAUGGACUGUCUGGACAGGACCAAUGUGGUGCAGGCCGCCCUGGCCAGACACUUGCUGGAAAUGCAGCUUCGCAAGCUCGGUAAGCUAAUGCCAGACCAAACUCUACCAGCAUCCAUACGAGCGCCUUUCAAGGAGAUGUGGGCAAAUAAUGGCGACGCCAUCAGCCGCCAGUACGCUGGGACAGCAGCCCUCAAGGGUGACUUCACUCGGACGGGUGAGAGGAAGUUUACGGGUUUGAUGAAGGAUGGAUACAACUCCGCGAACAGAUAUUACUUGAAUCGAUUCAAGGCAGCCUAUCGCCAAACCCUGAUAGAUAUGAUGCUGGGUAACCCUCCGACCGAGGACCUCUCGGCCCUGAUUGACGCGUUGCGGAGUGACGGGCAGGAGGAGGAGCAGUGGACCAUGGAGCGCGAGGAGUGCGUGGCGCAGCUCGUUAUCCAUUGCCAGUGGCUCUUGCUCUCUCAGUCCGAGGAGUGUCUAGGGGGCUGGGCGCUAGUCGAUCCCUUUUUCACUCCCGAGGGCGAGAGCGCAACCCAGGACCAGGACGUGAUCCUCCUGCUCACAUACCACGCCUACUAUGUGGCCAGCUAUGACGAUGAAGCUGAGCAGAUAACUCAGUAUGAACGAAUCGCGAUCGAAGAUGUGGAGAAAAUCGAGAUCGGGUUUGAGCCGCACUUCAACACGCGAUACCUGUUCAUCCGCGUGCACUUCAAGAUACAGGGUGUCAGCGGUCACUUUCACACAUUGAGGACUAUCCAACACCGCACUCCGGAAGAGGCCAAAGCUGUUUUGCUCGGUAUCGCAGACGCGUUCAGCACGGCUCGUGGUGCACUUGGUCUGAAAAUCACAGAGACUAAACUCGACAGGAAAAGAAGCAAGCCCCUACCUGAUGUCAUCCAGAUCUCAUCUAAGUCGCGACUCAGCGGGUGGUCCAAGCCCAAUGCCAAGGUUAAGAGUAAACACGAGCUGGCCGCGCACGAGGAGAACUCCACUUUCCAGACUCGACUGAGAGACAAAACACCCCCUAAGACCCUUCAGUCAUUCCUUGAGGCCCGCGUGGGGGACAUGCCGCGACCUUACUCGGACUCAUGCCUCCUACGGAGCGUCGUGGACGAGGAUUUUAAUGGGGUGCGCGAGAGGACUGGAACCUUCAGUGCGCCAACUAGCAGUGCUAGUAGCUCGGUCAGCGGCGAUGAUUCGGAUUCGGGUGCGACCGAUGAGAUGUUCGAGAAAGCGGGAGAGGAACUAUUGGAAAUGCAAAUGCGAGCAGAGCAGCAAGGGGCUAAAGAAGGAAGCGACAACAUGGCAGAGAAUGGCUCCAAAAUGUUUGGAGAAAAUGGUCACAACUUAGCUAAGUCAACAGAAAGAAACGAAAAAAUAGACAGUAGUAUGGAGGGUGAUUCGAGUAUUCAAAAUCUGCUCCCUGAGCCCGCAGAUGGGGAUGACCUGUCAGCUGUUCCUCAACCGGAAGUUAACCCGCAAGCGGAAGUGAUCGGGGUUAGUGCCCAGUCUGGCAAGAGUCCAGCCGUGAACCUGAAUUUUCAAGGCUCGCGGAUAUUCCAGGUUAGCUACAAGAGCUUGGCGAGCUCGGACGAUGUCAAGUCUGCGGCAGGCGAGGGCACCGCAGAAAUAUCGCCACAGGAAUCUACCAACCGGUUUCGUUUUACCGGUCGGUUGCUUGGCAACCGUUCGCCUGGCAACCGCUCACCUGGCACCCAGUCUCGCAAUCUUUUCGCUAGUGCCCAGUCCAAAAGCCGCGCAUCAUUUUCUGACUUACGCAGUAAGCUUUCUAACUUGUCAUUUGCAAACCGGACCGCUCGGAACAGGUCCCCUCGGCUGACUCAUAAUCACGUGGAUUCCCCGGAUGGCCUUGUGGAACAGAAGAAACACAGGCGCCGGAAGUGCCAGACAAAGAUAAUCGAGCUUUAGUAAUAUAUUAGGGAAAACUAGGGAGAUUACGCUCAAAGAAAGGGAAUGCAGGCAAACAUGCCUUUUUGAAUAAUUAACGAUGGUCUUUGCUCAAGGUAUAUUUCAACAGUAUAUAAAGCAAUUUUCCUCAAUUGGACAAAAAUCUUGUACCAAAAAAUUUUAAAAUUUGCAGCAAUAGUUUUGGUGUCUUUAAAAACGUAUUCAUAUCAGUAAUCAUGCGUAGUGUUUCCAUUUAAAUAUCCUUAGUUGAAGCUGUUUAAAUUGAUUUCGAAUUCUCCAAGAGGCAUUGAUUUUCUGAAUCACUUGAAACGUCAAUUUCAACCCGAAAGGCUUUCCUGUAUAAAUUUUCAAAGUGUUUAUCAUGCAAACAAUAUCGAUUUAACAUAUAACAAAGCUAUACCCUAAAAGUAUGUAAGAUCAUGGAAACUAUCUUGGUACAGGAUUUUUGGCCGUGGGCUGCUCGAAGUUGUAAUGAACUCAUAAUAUUUAUUAAUAAGGGCGUGGUUGCAAAGGGGCCAGGGAGUCCUCCUGUUCCUUACCCUGGUUGCCAGAGUGUCUCAGGCUUCUCUCACAAAUAGGCCGAGACAAUAGGCCUUAUCGGUACAAGAACCUACGACAUCCAGGGUAUUUUAGUAUAAUUCUAGCACAAAAGAGUGUUAUCAUGGGUCCGCUUCUCUCACCAUGACUCAGUACAACUUCAAACCCCACCCUCUUUGCCCCAUAGACCGCGCCCUUUGAUUAAGAUUAUUUGGAAUUGCUUCCAUGUGUAAAUAUGGGGCUUUUAUUAUCACUAUUUGACAAUCACCAGAAUUUAUUUCGAAUUAUUAGAAAUUGUUCAUAAUUUUAUCCAAAAGCAUGAGAUGCACAUUUGUAUUCAUGUCAAGUUAGUUUGUUAUUGAAAGCGUUACACGCGACCCAGCACAUUAGAAAGAGGGGGAGAGAUGUAGGGUGGUUACAGAUAACCCAUCUAACCCCUCAGACUACUGGUAGGUUUGUAUGAAUUUAGCAAUCACUAUUAUCAAGUAGUUAUUUUUUAUUUGUGUUAUUUAUUUCAGAGCAAUUUUCUGUCAGUUGUUUGUGUCUCAAUCUGUUCUUUGUAGAAAAGUAUUAUUCAAGAUUCCUUUAUUUAUUUCAAAGCGAAUAUUUCUGUCACUUCUUUGUAUCUCAUAAUAAUGAUUCCUACAGCUUUUACUUUCGGUUAAAUUUAAUGUCUUAGUUGGGUCACAAAAACACAAUACUAGAUUCUAAUUCUAUCCAUUCUUAAGCACAAGUUAUACAACAUUGUUAGAAACUAAAGAUCACAAGUAACUAGGAACUAGCAUUGGUAUGGAUUCAUAGUUAGUGUCAUUUCAAUAAAUUUGGAUAUUUGUU